UUAAAUAAUUAAAUAAAAUCUGACUGUUUAAGUGCCAAAUGUGAGCAUCGAAUUCUUAACCUGACCUGAUCGUCCCUACUUUGAUCAAAACACCUCUCACCUCUCACCUCUCUCUCUCUCUCUCUUUCAUUCUUUCCUUUUCCAGAAUCGUCUCUUUCGAUUAAUGGACUGAUUUUUUUGUUAGUGUUUGGAUUUGUGGUUAUUAAGGGAAGAAGUCUUUGUUUGGGUGUGUGUUUAGUGUGACGUGUUUCCUAAUUUUCCAGAGAAGAAAGUUAGGAACCAAAAGAAAAGAAAGACUAGUUGGGCAAAAAAAAGUAUAGUUCUUGCUUUAUUUGGAUUUUCAAGCAAUCCAAACACUUGCCUUUCGGUUACCCGAUCUAUAGUUUCUGGUUUUUCUCUGAUUCUUCUUCUUCUUGGAGCCGGGUUAUGGGGUUGUUUGGCUACAAGGGUUUUUAGUUUAACACAACUCCAGAGUAGUAAUUUUUAGCUUUUUAAUCGAGUUUAUUGGAAAUCAAACGGUAUAAAUGGCUACACUCGGAGAUAUAGGAGUAGCGGCAGGUUUCAAUCUGUUGGCGGCUUUCAUAUUCCUACUUGCUUUUGCUAUAUUGAGGCUUCAACCUUUCAAUGACAGAGUCUACUUUCCGAAAUGGUAUCUGAAAGGGUUGAGAAGUAGCCCAUCGCGUUCUGGUACUCUGGUUGGGAGGGUUGUGAAUUUGGACUUUAGAUCAUAUCUUAGAUUUUUGAAUUGGAUGCCUGAUGCAUUGAAGAUGCCCGAACCUGAGCUUAUUGAUCACGCAGGACUGGAUUCCGCUGUUUACUUAAGGAUUUAUUUGAUUGGACUUAAGAUCUUUGUCCCUAUAGCAUUUCUUGCAUGGACUAUCUUGGUACCAGUUAAUUGGACAAAUGAUGCUUUGCAGAUACUCGAUCUGACAAAAAAUGCAACUUCCAGUGACAUUGAUAAGCUUUCAAUUUCAAAUAUUGAGACGGGAUCCAAAAGAUUAUGGACUCAUAUAGUGAUGGCUUAUGUAUUCACCUUUUGGACAUGCUAUGUGUUGCUAAGGGAGUAUGAGGUAGUUGCCUCCAUGCGGUUGCAGUUUCUUGCAACAGAAAAACGUCGUCCAGAUCAGUUCACUGUGCUUGUUAGAAAUAUUCCGCCUGAUGUUGAUGAAUCUGUUAGCGAGAAUGUGGAGCAUUUUUUUCUAGUCAAUCAUCCAGAUACCUAUCUUACACAUCAGGUGGUAUAUGAUGCAAACAAACUUGCAAAAAUGGUCAAGAAGAAGAAGAAAAUGCAGAAUUGGCUCGUCUACUACACUAAUAAGUUUUCAAGAAAUGAAUCUUUAAAGCCCACGACUAAGACUGGUUUUCUUGGGCUUUGGGGAAAAAAAGUGGACGCAAUUGAAUUUUACACAUCUGAAAUUGAUAAAUUGACAAAAGAAAUGGCUGAGGAAAGGGAACGAAUGGCAGCUGAUCCUAAAUCCAUCAUGCCGGCAGCAUUUGUUUCUUUCAAAAGUCGUUGGGGAGCAGCUGUUUGUGCCCAAACUCAGCAAACUAGAAAUCCAACUGUUUGGUUAACUGACUGGGCGCCCGAGCCACGUGAUGUAUACUGGCAAAACAUGGCAAUCCCAUAUGUUUCACUCAAAAUUCGGAGGCUAAUCGUGGGUGUUGCUUUCUUUUUCCUUACCUUCUUUUUCAUGAUUCCCAUUUCAGCCGUACAGGCUUUUGCAAGCAUAGAGGGAAUUGAGAAAAGAGCACCAUUUCUAAAGCCCAUCGUUGAAAUGCCAUUCAUCAAGUCAGUUAUCCAAGGACUUCUACCUGGGCUUGCCUUAAAGCUAUUUCUCAUCUUUUUGCCAACUAUACUGAUGAUCAUGGCAAAAUUUGAAGGCUUUGUAUCUUUAUCAUCUCUUGAAAGGACUGCAGCAUCUAAGUAUUAUCUCUUCAAUUUCGUAAAUGUUUUUCUUGGAAGCAUAUUGACUGGGUUAGCGUUUGAUCAGCUAAAUACUUUUCUCAAUGAAUCUCCAAGCAAGAUCCCCGAAAUAGUUGGGGUGGCAAUCCCAUUGAAAGCAACUUUCUUCAUUACUUAUAUAAUGGUUGAUGGAUGGGCCGGUAUAGCUGGAGAGAUUCUCAUGCUGAAGCCACUUAUAAUGUAUCAUUUGAAGAAUUUCUUCUUGGUAAAAACUGAAAAGGACAGAGAAGAGGCAAUGGAUCCAGGGAGUCUUGGUUUCAACACCGGAGAACCUCGUAUACAAUUGUAUUUCAUACUAGGCCUUGUCUACGCUACAGUGACACCGAUUCUGCUUCCAUUCAUAAUUGUUUUCUUUGGCUUCGCCUAUCUUGUGUUCCGCCACCAGAUAAUUAACGUUUACAACCAGGAGUACGAGAGUGGAGCAGCCUUCUGGCCAGAUGUCCAUUCACGCAUUAUUAUAGCACUGAUUAUUUCACAACUGUCUUUAAUGGGUUUGUUGGCCACAAAAGGCUCUGCUGAGGCAACACCAGUUAUCAUCGUACUUCCUAUACUCACUAUAUGGUUCCACAGGUUUUGCAAAGGUCGUUAUGAAUCUGCAUUUGUUAAAUAUCCAUUACAGGAAGCAAUGAUGAAAGACACACUUGAACGUGCCAGGGAACCGCACCUGAACUUGAAAGGCUACCUCCAAACCGCAUACGUCCAUCCAGUCUUCAAAGCUAGCGAGGAGGAUGAGGAGGAGGAUGAUUUGGUAUCUGAGAAAUGGGAAACUGAGAGUACCCUUGUACCGACAAAACGACAGUCGCGAAGGAAUACACCAUUGCCCAGCAAAAUCAGUAGCAAUUCGUCGCCUACACUGCCUGGUGGCUUUGAAGAUCAGCCAUAGCAAAGUUUAUGGGAAAGACUCACUUAGCUGUACAUUUGACCUUUAGCAAUGGAGAGGAGCUAUGGCACUGUAAACUAUUGUAUAAUGUCCAUGAUAUUGUAUAGAGGUAUAGAAGAAAGCACGGUCUCAAAAGAAGCAAGUUUCAUGAUUUUGUUGCAGCCUACUUGGGGAGGGAAUUAGAGCCAUAUAUCAGUGAGUGUUGAAUAACUAGAGAUUCAAAAGUGGUAGUUUUCAUUUUCAUUCUUUUGUUUUCUUAGAAAAUUUAGUUUUAGUUUUCUGAUUUCUUUUUUAUUUAUUUGUGUAUCUACAUAUUGAAGUCCAAACUGCACGGACUUGUCAUUGCUGGGCUCUUUAAAGUGCAAAUUCUCUUCCACUCUUAGAAGAUAACCGUUUCCAAGAUAAACACUGUUUUGGUGCCACUUUUUCAUCGAUUUAUUAUUUUAUUUUUGUCUCA